CCGACGAACCAGCUUGGUUGAUUGCUUGUUGGAGCUUUUCAGGUCCAUUAAUCCGCUCGCCUGUACCUUCUCGACAACCCAUUCCGCAUCCACGCCGACCGACUGAUUACUUUACUUUCUCGACGUCGCAACGUAACAAAUCGCCAAGAUGACCUUUGCGUGGAAAGCCGCUGGCCUUACCUACAACCGCUACCUGACCGUUGCCUCCCGGGUUGUGCGUCGCAGCUUGAAGGAGGAGAAGAGACUUGCUGCUGAGCGCAGAGGUGUUUCUGAGAUUAGGUUUGCGAAGUGGUCGAACGGAAAGCAGGGCGAGCUUAAAAACCUUGAGCAGGCUAACGCUGCGGCUGCUGUUGAGAGUGCUGCUCAGGGUGGCCAGUAAAUUCCCGACAUUGAAAUGGCUUGAAAGGAGUCGGUGUAGGGGGGUUGGAAUCGCCGAAUGGGAUGGAGCGCAACACUCGACACACUACGGCAAUGGUAUAGACGGGGUUUGGGGAGGUGCUGUGUGCGGUUCUUUUAGGAGCGAGAGAUGGGAAGCACUGCGCUGCCUGACCGGUUGGAGCCUUGUAUCAUAGUUGGGUGAAGGGGGGAAUGCAAAAAUACCUGGACCUAUGAAGCUAUCAAGGUGGUGGAUGGAAGGUUGAUGUUACUGUUGUUGUUUGGUGUGAUGUUACAAGCACCAAUCCCAAGAAGCUCAUUCUUCAGCAGACUACAAGAGAAUUUCUUAGAUUGUAUGUACUCUGCAAUUCAGAGGGUAUCGUUCCAUUACCUAUGUGAAACUUAUAUGGAAGUCCGGGCAUCCGCAGCAGAUAGC